AUGGGCCGUUCUGGCUCGGACAAGACUUACUUGUCCAAGGCACACUUCUUCACUGGUAAACCAUCUAGCAAUGUGUCUGUGAGCCUGUCAACCACUAACCCUGUUCAGCAAGCCUUCAUCGGCACCCCCAGCCACACUCCUACUACCCCAGCACCCUCAGCCAGAUCCCUACUCCCCCAGUACCCCAAGCUACACUCCUACUCCCCCAGUACCCCCAGCCACGCUCUUACUCCCCCAGUACCCCCAGCCACACUCCUACUCCCCCAGUACCCCCAUCUACACCCCUACUCCCCCAGUACCCUCAGCCACACCCCUACUCCCCCAGUACCCCCAGCUACACCCCUACUCCCCCAGUACCCCCAGCCACACUCCUACUCCCCCAGUACCCCCAUCUACACCCCUACUCCCCCAGUACCCUCAGCCACACCCCUACUCCCCAAGUACCCCCAGCUACACUCCUACUCCGCCAGUACCCUCAGUUACACUCCUACACCCCCAGUACCCCCAGCCACACUCCUACUCCCCCAGUACCCCCAGCCACACUCCUACUCCCCCAGUACCACCAGCUACACUCCUACUCCCCCAGUACCCCCAGCCACACUCCUACUCCCCCAGUACCCCCAGCCACACUCCUACUCCCCCAGUACCACCAGCUACACUCCUACUCCCCCAGUACCCCCAGCCACACUCCUACUCCCCCAGUACCCCAAGCUACACUCCUACUCCCCCAGUACCCCCAGCCACACUCCUACUCCCCCAGUACCCCCAGCUACACUCCUACUCCCCCAGUACCCCCAGCCACACUCCUACUCCCCCAGUACCACCAGCUACACUCCUACUCCCCCAGUACCCUCAGCCACAUCCCUACUCCCCCAGUACCCCCAGCUACACUCCUACUCCCCCAGUACCCCCAGCCACACUCCUACUCCACCAGUACCCCUAGCCACACUCCUACUCCCCCAGUACCCCCAGCCACACUCCUACUCCCCCAGUACCCCCAGCUACACUCCUACUCCCCCAGUACCCCCAGCCACACGCCUACUCCCCCAGUACCCCCAGCUACACUCCUACUACCCUAGGACCCCAGCCACACUCCUACUCCCCCAGUACCCCCAGCUACACUCCUACUCCCCCAGUACCCUCAGCCACAUCCCUACUCACCCAGUACCCCAAGCUACACUCCUACUUCCCCAGUACCCCCAGCUACAACCCUACUCUCCCAGUACCCCCAGCUACACUCCUACUCCCCCAGUACCCCCAGCCACGCUUUUACUCCCCCAGUACCCCCAGCCACACUCCUACUCCCCCAGUACCCUCAGCCACACCCCUACUCCCCCAGUACCCCCAGCUACACCCCUACUCCCCCAGUACCCUCAGCCACACCCCUACUCCCCCAGUACCCCCAGCUACACCCCUACUCCCCCAGUACCCUCAGCCACACCCCUACUCCGCCAGUAUCCCCAGCUACACCCCUACUCCCCCAGUAUCCCCAGCUACACCCCUACUCCCCCAGUACCCCCAGCUACACCCCUACUCCCCCAGUACCCUCAGCCACACCCCUACUCCGCCAGUAUCCCCAGCUACACCCCUACUCCCCCAGUACCCCCAGCUACACCCCUACUCCCCCAGUACCCCCAGCUACACCCCUACUCCCCCAGUACCCCCAGCUACACCCCUACUCCCCCAGGACCCUCAGCCACACCCCUACUCCCCCAGUAUCCCCAGCUACACCCCUACUCCCCCAGUACCCCCAGCUACACCCCUACUCCCCCAGUACCCUCAGCCACACCCCUACUCCGCCAGUAUCCCCAGCUACACCCCUACUCCCCCAGUACCCCCAGCUACACCCCUACUCCCCCAGUACCCCCAGCUACACCCCUACUCCCCCAGUACCCCCAGCUACACCCCUACUCCUCCAGUACCCUCAGCCACACCCCUACUCCCCCAUACCCACAGCUACACUCCUACUCCCCCAGUAUCCCCAUCUACACUCCUACUCCCCCAGUACCCUCAGCCACACCCCUACUCCCCCAGUACCCCCAGCUACACUCCUACUCCCCCAGUAUCCCCAGCUACACCCCUACUCCCCCAGUACCCUCAGCCACACCCCUACUACCCCAGUACACCCAGCCACACUCCUACUCCCCCAGUACCCCCAGCUACAGUCCUACUUCCCCAGUACCCCGAUCCACACUCCUAAUCCCCCAGUACCCCCAGCUACACUCCUACUCCCCCAGUACCCUCAGCCACACCCCUACUCCCCCAGUACCCCCAGCUACACUCCUACUCCCCCAGUACCCCCAGCUACACUCCUACUCCCCCUGUAACCUCAGCUACACUCCUACUCCCCCAGUACCCUCAGCCACACCCCUACUCCCCCAGUACCCCCAGCCACACCCCUACUCCCCCAGUAAACCCAGCUACACUCCUACUCCCCCAGUACCCUCAGCCACACCCCUACUCCCCCAGUACCUCCAGCUACACCCCUACUCCCCCAGUACCCUCAGCCACACCCCUACUCCCCCAGUACCCCCAGCAACACCUCUACUCCCCCAGUACCCUCAGCUACACUGUUACUCCCCCAGUACACCCAGCUACACUCCUACUCCCCCAGUACCCUCAGCCACACCGCUACUCCCCCAGUACCCCCAGCUACACUCCUACUCCCCCAGUACCCUCAGCUACACCCCUACUCCCCCAUUACCCUCAGCCACACCCCUACUCCCCCAGUACCCCCAGCCACACUCCUACUACCCCUGUACCCUCAGCCACACCCCUAAUCCCCCAUACCCCCAGCUACACCCCUACUCCCCCAGUACCCUCAGCCACACCCCUACUCCCCCAGUACCCCCAGCCACACCCUUACUCCCCCAGUACCCCCAGACACACUUCUACUCCCCCAGUACCCCCAGCUACACCCCUACUCCCCCAGUACCCUCAGCCACACCCCUACUCCCCCAGUAUCCUCAGCCACACCCCUACUCCCCCAGUACCCCCAGCCACAUCCCUACUCCCCCAGUACCUACAACUCUAAACUGA